AUGCCGCAUAUUGGAAACUUCUUUGAGCUAGAAGAAGCCUUUGAAGAUUCGCGCAUGGACCAAGCGCUGAUCGACUUCAUACUGGAGGGUGGAACACCUGCAAAGGAGUUUGUCUACCACGGAGGGUAUUGGUCUGACAAUUUUGCUUGCAUUGUCGGCGGAGCGA